AUGUCCACCGGGCAGUUAUCCGUUGGGAAGACAGUAACACUGGGUGAGACGGAGGCUUUUGCGAACUUAUUUGGUUUUUUAGAGGUGAUACGCCGGGAUGGCAUUUUGGCUUUUGCCGACACCCGGGUGGCUGAAGCGCGUCGGUACAGUGAGACACUUGCCGCUUUGGCAACGCCGCCGUUUAACGCCACUGUGGGGGAGCUAGUUGUGCGGAAGGUGUUUGAGGCCUUUGCCAACACCAGCCUUGUGGAGUACAAGAGGAAUAUGCGGGACGGGCGUGAAAUUUUGGCGUUGCAGUCGCUACAGAAGGCAUACAGACAAACCCUGCUGCACCUUAAGCACUGGUGCAAGAAACUAAAUGCGAUGGAGUUUGUCUCGGGGUUCACUGUGUCACUGCGUUGUCAUCUGUUGCAGCCGGAUCUUCUCACAGACGAGAGUCCUCCUGAGAAAGAAGUACUCCUGCAGUUUCUUCGUGGCCACGGGCGAAAAUUGCUUGACGAGAUUGAGGGGAUGGAGGGGCGUGCCACCCUCAUGCGUGGGAGUCAGUGGCAGUGUGACAAGGUGCUGGAGCAUCUGCACGAGCUUACGCUAUCAUCGACGCCAGACAUUAAGAUGCUGUGGAAAUCGGUCUUGGUUGAGUGUACACUUGAGCGUAUUGAGUUGCUGGACGAUGACCUUACUGCUCGUCGGAUAAGGUCUUGCAUGCGAUGGAAGGACGGUGUUGUGGACACCUUUGUUCGAAUGGCGUUAUCUCCAGACCCCCACAACUCGGAUGGCCGCACGGAAGUCAAUCGGUGGGGCGAGGAACUGGAGCAGCUGCUGCUUGUUAGUUACGGUCGCAAGCGGAUCGCGAGUCUUUGGGAUGUCGUGAUGGCGUACCCGGACUCAACACCGACCCUAAAGGAUUUGCGCGUGUGUCUCCGGCGGUGCUCUGACGACACUCUCCAGAACGAAUUGGUACAAACAGCGAAGCAGAUGUUGGCGUCCGAGCUCCACAGGGCCGGCACGCGCACGGAAGAAAUUCUCACUACUCUGAUUGGCACCAUACAUUCCCUGUGUGUAUUGUUUUCCAAGAAUGACCAGGGUUCCGUGAUUUUUACCAUUGUCGACGACACGCUGGAGCACCUCAAAAAGCGAAAGGACUGCGUCUCCGCUGUGGUUCAAGCAAUCACGCAACCGAACGCGGAUUCUGUUUUAAAUUUAAGCCUGCAUAACUUCUCACCAGACAGCUUUAGUUCGGUUUCCACUGCUGAUGAUGAGGAAAGCGACGAAGACCUAUCCCCAGGCCCCAGCCAAUCUUGCUUGUCUAUGCAUGAGCGGCCUGAUGUGCUGCGGGUGUUGAUGUCUGCGAUUAGUGUCACCUCACUUGUGGAGGAGUACAUGAAGUUGUUGGCCUUCCAGCUGUUGGAGAAGAAGAUGCACGACUUUGACACCACGACCGAGGAGGAAGUGUUGGAGCGCUUAAAGUGCGCCUUUGGUGAGGAUGUGCUGGCGCCCUGCGUCGUGAUGAUCCGCGACAUUCAGGCAUCUCGUCGCUAUACGCUGCACAUGAAAAAGGCGCACGGACGGGCCUCCGCGGGAGUGACACCCCAACGGCGAGGGAGGGACUGGCCGUUGAGUCUCGACAUUCUCUCCACCACGUCAUGGCCAAAGUUGUCUGUGUGCCUUCCCGCAGGUGAGACACGGCCGGUGCCGGAGCGGUACAGCCCCCACCCGCUAUUCACCCCCGCCAUGGAAGACGUCGUGGAGGAGUACAAGCGCAUGAAGGUGAAUCAGCGUCUUGAGUGGAUUCUCUCGCAGGGACGUGUCAGCCUGGAGCUCACACAAAAGGACACCUCCACGAACACGCUGGUUGCGGUGACGUACGACCUCUCGCUCUUCUCCGCAUCGCUUGUACUGUACGUUCGUGACAUCGCGUUGGAACUCGGCUCCCCCGCCCCUCUGACGGCUGUGGCAGAGCGUAUGGAAGUCAAACCGCAUGUGCUGCAGCAGCGUUUAUCGCACCUCUUUCCAUCUGUGCUCGUUUCCACCGACGGAAACAGGAGUUUGUCCUUGCAAACAAACUACGUAUCGACGUCGAACUUCACCUUUGCCGAGGCGGAAGAAAGUGAGGGGCAGCCCGCGGGACUAUCGCCGGAUCAAGUUAAGAUGUUGCUUUCAAUGAUGACAGCGAUGCUAAAGGCGCGGGGACCUUGCGGGGCGAACGAUAUAUUCAACAGCAUAAAAAUGCUCGGCCAAUUCCCGGGAACGCUUGAUGACAUGAAGAAGCUUCUUCGUAUGUUUCUGAAGCAAGGAAAAUUAAAGCUCAAUGAGGCUGAACUCUUCACACUACCGACCAGCUGA